GAAUGCUAAAGAACUAUAGAGGCACAAAUAAUAGCACAAGCAGAGUCCAUAUCUUGUAAGUCUUACUUUAUUCUUUAAGCCCUCUUCAGCUAUAGAGCAAUAAUAUUUUUAUUUUUUAUUUUUUUGAUGAAGAUUUAUUUUAUUUUUGUUAUCGUUUUCUUUUAAGGAUUAUAAAAAAUGUUACUAGCUGCUGUAAACAGCUCAAAGUCUCUUCUAAGUGCAGUCAUUUAUUAUUGAGCAAAAGGCCGUACGUAGAAAUGUGUGUAAGAAGAUGCAUUUGAUGUAGCUUUAGUUACAAUCGGCCAGGGGAAUAUUUCUGAUGGUAAGAAAAGAAGCAGCUACAGCAUGUCUUUCUCACAGUUUGGAUGUCCUUAUAACGGAACUUCACAGUUAUUCGUGUCGGCAAACCCCAGUACGACUUGCUGCGAUUCGAUUUCCAGGUCGGUGUCUGAGUCCAGCGGUUCCCAGGCUCCUGCAUCAUUCUACCGCCCUUCUUACGAGAACCGUCUGCUGGCGAGUACGCGCACGGAGUUGAAUGCGGCUUCUCUCGGGAUGUACGGUUCUCCAUACGCAGCAGCGGCCGCCGCCAGCCAGAAUUACGCCAACUACUUCUCUUACAGCACCGAAGCCUCAUCUCUCUAUUCCACGCUGAACCCACAGUACGAUAUCAAGGAUGGCGCAGGCGGAUUGCAUUCUGGAAUCACACAAACAGCAGCCUAUUAUCCCUACGAGCAUUCUCUGGGGCAAUAUCAAUACGACAGGUAUGGGACUAUGGAUUUUAAUGGGUCAACCAGGCGAAAAAAUGCCACCCGGGAGACUACCAGCACUCUAAAGACAUGGCUUUAUGAGCACAGGAAAAAUCCGUACCCGACAAAGGGGGAGAAAAUCAUGCUGGCCAUCAUCACCAAAAUGACCCUCACCCAGGUGUCCACCUGGUUUGCAAAUGCGCGGAGAAGGCUAAAGAAGGAGAACAAGAUGACCUGGACCCCAAAAAACAAAGCAGGGGAUGAAAGGAAAGAUAAGAAUGAGAAAAGUGACCCGGAUUACAUCAACAAAGAUACCAAAGACUACAAGGAGGAGAAGGACCUUCAGCUGAGUGACCUGGACGAUAUGGAUGAUGAGGACUGCGACAAGGCGAACAGCGACUGCGAGAAUGUCUCUCGGGAGGAGCUGGGCCUCCAGCAAGCCAUGGCAGCGGAGCUCCUGAAGAGAGACUGCAUUGGUGCCUUGUCCCUCCCCAGCAGCUUUCACGCAUUCGCAUGCAGCAACAAGAACACGUCGACGCUGCCGUCCGAGUUCUCGGACCCUGCCGCGUCCAAGUCUCCGCCGCCGCCCGCGCCGACGGGCACCGCGGCUCUGUCGCACUUCGACGUGCCAGGAAAGCCCAGAAUCUGGUCGCUGGCACACACGGCAGUACUAGACCCCCGCCCCGGCAGCCAGUUAAGUGCCGGGAACGUCGGCCUGGACUGCCAGUUGUCAACUGUGAAAGUUAACAUGACUGGGCGUGGACAGUGCGGCGGGUUGGGGAGCCCUGGAACAACAAGCCUGUCCAGUGUGGAAGCCUCUUUCCAAACGGGCAUGCACGCUCAAAACAAAGUCUACGGCGCUUCCGGCUUUACCCACAAGCCUCUGCAUCUGCACUGCUCGUCUUACCCCGUGAUUUCCGACGCAUGCCGGUAUUCGUCCGUUGAAGGAUUUUCAGAUGGUAGAAAGUCUGAGGCGGAAUCCUCAGCGCUCAGUGACACGUGUCUUGCGCUGCAAGAAGACAAGCUCUCGGCCUUCAGACCAGGGAUGAAGAGGUGAAGCAGCUUUUAUCCCUGGAGUUUGGAUGUGUAGCGGAGCAGGGGACCUGCACGUCGCACGACAGGCACAGUUUACAGCGCAGGUUAAUACAUGCGCUCGCCCGUCCUCCGUGAGUCGUUUUCUCCGGGAUUCCGGUGACAAGGUCGUGGGGUUUCUUCCCCCCCCCCUCCUGUCAGCACACCGUGGAGAAACAUUUGCUCUUUCUUUCUUUGCCUCUCCCCAUUGUCUCAACGGUUUGGGUUUUGAGCGCGGAAUCCUGGAGCCAGCUGAAUCUGUCACACGUGGAACAGCAGUGACCUCUAGAGACCGUUCUCUCCACCUGCGACGCGGGACCCGCGGUGACAGGUCCUGGCACGGUCGCGAGCGUGACGGCGGCGCGUAAUUAGGGCCAGUCUGAGCCGGAAGCCCGGCGCGUCUGACUGUAACGGAUGAACUCUAGUCUCAAAGGUGACCAGGACCCAAAGCCCCUUUGAGGCUGAGCUAAAAUUCGCAUCACUGCAAAGUAACUGAAUACAUUCUUGUGGGCUUUCAGUUCAUCCUCUGAAGUUUGCCGGAGCCACAGAAUGAAUACAUCCAGGUUUUUUUUAUUCACAUGACAGUACAGAAUCCUUAUGGAAAAUAUGCUGACAUAAUCAUGGCUUUCUUAUUCACAUUGACACACUAGGACAGCUUUUAGGUGUCAAGCCAAAACAUCGCAUUCUCCGACCCUCUGGAAACCGUGAAUGAAGUCUAACCAUUUUUUUAAACUAAACACCAUAAUCCAGGGGAGCCCAUUAAAAUAUGUCUCCUUCUGUUUUGUAAAGAUUAAUAUGGUGCAAUAAAGGUUAAGCUGAAUGUGUUUUAUAACAGUGGGCAUGUUAAAAAACAUUCACAAAAUAGCAGCAUUAACAUCAAAUCCAUUAUACAUGCAAAUGGAAGACUGAACAUUGUUAACAUGACCAAAUUACAAAGCUUUGAUAACAUUCAUUGCAAGUGUAAGUACAUAUAGAAACCAAGCAUCUCACUGUUGUUCUAUCAGUAAGAAUUUAAUUUGAAAAAUAUCACUUUGCCUAUUUGAUAUAUGCAGUACAUUAGCAAAUCCCAUAUAUUAUAUAUAAAUUUAAACUCAUUCUGGUCUUUGCAUAUUUGCAGGUGCUGUGUGGUAAUUUUAUUUGGCAAAUUUUAUUGUUAUUUCUAUCAUUAUUCUGUCUGCCGUGGUGUAGAAGAUGAUGGAUGCUGUACUGGGACUUGAGGCUGUGAAUAAAGGUAUUGUCUGAGGCAGAAAAGCUAUUUAAUUCCCCAGCGGAAGACUUUAAAAAAAGGGGGAGGAAAAAGCUGUCUAACUUUUCCACCUUGCAAGUCAGUGGGGGGCACAGCACAAUGUUUCAGCUGUUUUACACAUUUCUUAGCAGGUGCGACUGAUGCAGACUCAGACAGACCAAAGGAACCCAUUUCAGCAUGUCUCUGUCACAGCGUUAGUGCACACGUGAGCACUGAAACAAAGACCUUGGAACAUGUCGAAUGGCAAUAGCAGAAGUGGACUGAAGUCUCCAUGCUCUGCAAUGAUUCGGGUGGAUUUUCUUCGACGAAAUGUUAAAAAUCACAUGUAUGCUCAUGCGUAGAUGCGUCUUCAGAGUGCAACGUUAAUGAUCCCACCGCCGUGGGCAAAAUGGCUUGAGCAAAAAAAAGAAAUGUGCGUUUAUUUACCAAAUAUGUUUUCCCAGUUGCAUGAUGCAAAAUUAAAACAGUAUAUCUGUGUUUUUGGC